CCCGUGCGCUCAUGAAUAUUAACCGAGCCUGCGGCCUAGCGCGUCCCGCCGGGGCCCGCGCCCGGCCCGCGUACCCGCUCUUGCGCGCGCCGCGCCUCGGGAGCCGGGCCGAGCGGGGCGGGAAGGGAAAGGUCUCUGGGAGCUGACGCUCGAGCCUCCGCGACCCGCUCAGAUUCCUCUGGGACUCGGGAGGAGCCCUGGGAGCAGGGGGACCGCUUUCUGCAGUUGGCCUCACUAGCUGCCAAGAAGACCUGUCUUUGUUUUUUCCGUCUCGAGAAAUGGACGAAGACUGUGGAGUCCGUUGAAGUCCGAAGAAAUCAUCAGGGCGUUUUGAAGGGGCUUCCUAAAAACACUCGUUCCCUGGCACAUUGUUUCACCAGCCCUGCCUCUCCUCGGAACCUGGUGUGGAAUUCUUCCCAUUUUGGUGUAUGGUGGCAUUUUCCCCCCAAUGUGGACUCCAAAGGGUUGGUCCCUUCUUUGUAAUUUGAAAUGAAAUGAUGGCCACACGUCGGACUGGUCUGCCGGAGGGAGAUGGUGACAAGCUCCAGGACUGCGGGUCCCCCGCCUGUGAGGUAUCAAAAAGUAAAGAUGGAAAAGAGCAAAUUGAAACCGUGUCACCAUCCGAAGAUGAAACCUUCUCCUGGCCGGGUCCCAAGACAGUGAUGUUGAAGAGAACAUCUCAGGGCUUUGGUUUCACAUUAAGGCAUUUUAUUGUUUAUCCCCCAGAGUCUGCAAUUCAAUUUUCAUAUAAGGAUGAAGAAAAUGGCAACAGGGGAGGAAAACAAAGAAACCGCUUGGAACCAAUGGACACCAUCUUUGUUAAACAAGUUAAAGAAGGAGGGCCUGCGUUCGAAGCCGGCUUAUGCACAGGUGACCGAAUUAUAAAAGUCAAUGGAGAAAGUGUUAUUGGAAAGACCUAUUCCCAAGUAAUUGCUUUGAUUCAGAACAGUGAUACAACAUUGGAACUUAGUGUUAUGCCAAAAGAUGAAGACAUUCUCCAAGUGCUACAAUUUACAAAGGAUGUCACAGCUCUGGCGUAUUCUCAAGAUGCCUACCUAAAAGGCAAUGAAGCUUACAGUGGCAAUGCCCGCAAUAUACCUGAACCUCCACCGCUUUGCUAUCCCUGGCUGCCAUCCGCCCCGUCAGCCAUGGCACAGCCAGUUGAAAUAUCUCCUCCAGACUCAUCAUCGAGCAAACAGCAAACCAGUACACCAGUACUGACGCAACCCGGCAGGGCCUAUAGAAUGGAAAUACAAGUGCCUCCAUCACCAACAGAUGUUGCAAAGUCAAACACGGCAGUGUGUGUUUGCAAUGAGAGUGUAAGGACUGUCAUUGUACCUUCUGAGAAGGUUGUAGAUUUAUUAACUAGUAGAAACAACCACACAGUUCCUUCACACAGGACUGAAGAAGUGAGGUAUGGCCUAAGUGAGCAGACCUCCUUAAAAACAGUGUCAAGAACCACAUCACCAUCCUCAUCCAUUCCCACGGCCCAUCUAAUUCAUCAGACUACAGGCCCCAGGUCGUUGGAAGCUUCUGGGAUUUUACUUAAAUCUGGCAAUUACAGUGGACAUUCAGAAGGAAUCUCAAGCAAUAGAUCUCAGGCUGUGGAUUCUCCUUCUGCAUCUGUUAACCACUAUUCUCCAAAUUCCCAUCAGCACAUAGACUGGAAAAACUAUAAAACUUACAAAGAGUAUAUCGAUAACAGACGAUUGCACAUAGGUUGUCGGACAAUUCAAGAAAGAUUAGAUAGUUUAAGAGCAGCAUCUCAGGGCACAGCAGAUUAUAACCAGGUGGUACCGAACCGCACUACUUUGCAGGUACGACGUCGAAGCACCUCUCAUGAUCGAGUGCCCCAGUCGGUUCAGAUUCGGCAACGCAGUGUGUCCCAGGAAAGGCUGGAGGAUUCUGUGUUAAUGAAGUAUUGUCCAAGAAGUGCGUCUCAAGGAGCACUGACGUCUCCAUCUGUUAGUUUUAGUAAUCAUAGGACUCGUUCUUGGGAUUAUAUUGAGGGACAGGGUGAGAGCUUAGAAAAUAAUUCUGAAAGUCAAAUACCUGAUUCAAAUGGAGAACGAAAACAGACUUAUAAGUGGAGUGGAUUCACUGAACAGGACGAUCGACGAGGUAUUUAUGAAAGACCGAGGCAGCAGGAAAUUCAUAAAUCUUUCCGAGGUUCCAAUUUUACUGUGGCUCCGAGUAUUGUUAAUUCUGAUAACAGGCGAAUGAGUGGCAGAGGAGUGGGAGCACAGUUUAAAAAAAUUCCAUCCGAUCUAAAGACAACGCAGUCAAACAGAAAUUUUCAGACUACUUGUGGAAUGUCACUGCCUCGAGGUGUUUCACAAGACAGGUCACCUCUUGUGAAAGUCCGAAGUAAUUCUCUGAAAGCGCCUUCUACGCAUGUCACAAAACCAUCCUUUAGCCAGAACUCGUUUGUUUCUAUCAAAGACCAAAGACCGAUAAAUCACUUGCAUCAAAACAGUCUAUUGAAUCAGCAGACGUGGUUAAGAACUGAAAGUGCGCCCGAUCACCAGGUGGAGACCGGGAAGCCCCCCACUUCAUCAGCGAGUGAGAACUCUGGCACUUCAGAUUUAGAGUUACCUGUCACUCAAAGCAAUCAGGAUUCAAAUUUACAAGAGGCUGAAAUUCAGCAGUCAAAUACUUUAGAUAAUAAAGAAACUGUCGUCCUGCGAGAAAAACCUCCAUCUGGUCGUCAAACACCGCAGCCUUUAAGGCAUCAGUCGUACAUCUUGGCAGUCAAUGACCAGGACACCGGGUCAGACACCACCUGCUGGCUGCCUAAUGAUGCGCGUCGAGAGGUCCACAUAAAACGAAUGGAGGAAAGGAAGGCCUCAAGUACCAGUCCGCCGGGCGAUUCCUUGGCGUCCAUCCCAUUUAUAGAUGAACCAACCAGCCCCAGCAUUGAUCAUGACAUUGCCCAUAUCCCCGCCUCUGCUGUCAUCUCAGCCUCUGCCUCCCAGGCCCCCUCUAUAGCGACAGUUCCUCCCAGCCUCACGACGUCAGCUCCUUUAAUCCGACGGCAGCUCUCCCACGACCAGGAAUCUGGUGGACCUCCCAGCCUGGAUGCCCAGCCCAGCUCAAAGACAGAAAGAUCAAAAUCAUAUGAUGAAGGCCUGGAUGAUUACAGAGAAGAUGCGAAAUUGUCCUUUAAGCACGUGUCUAGCCUGAAGGGAAUCAAGAUCACAGACAGCCAAAAGUCAUCAGAAGACUCGGGAUCCAGAAAAGAUUCUUCGUCAGAGGUUUUCAGUGAUGCUGCCAAAGAAGGGUGGCUCCACUUCCGACCACUUGUCACUGAUAAGGGCAAGCGAGUUGGGGGAAGCAUUCGGCCAUGGAAGCAGAUGUAUGUGGUGCUUCGGGGCCAUUCGCUUUACUUGUACAAAGAUAAAAGAGAGCAAAUGACUCCAUCUGAAGAAGAACAACCCAUCAGUGUUAAUGCCUGCUUAAUAGACAUCUCUUACAGUGAGACCAAGAGGAAAAAUGUGUUUCGACUUACCACAUCAGACUGUGAAUGCCUGUUUCAGGCUGAAGACAGAGAUGACAUGUUAGCGUGGAUCAAGACCAUCCAGGAGAGCAGCACUCUAAAUGAAGAGGACACUGGAGUUACUAACAGGGAUCUAAUUAGUCGAAGAAUAAAAGAAUACAACAGUCUGAUGAGCAGCAAAGCAGAACAGUUGCCAAAAACACCUCGCCAGACUCUCAGCAUCCGGCAGACUUUGCUCGGAGCCAAAUCAGAGCCAAAGACUCAGAGUCCACAUUCUCCCAAGGAAGAGUCGGAAAGGAAACUGCUCAGUAAAGAUGAUACCAGUCCACCAAAAGACAAAGGCACCUGGAGAAAAGGCAUUCCCAGUAUUAUGAGAAAGACGUUUGAAAAAAAGCCUACCGCCACUGGAACGUUCGGUGUCAGACUGGAUGACUGCCCGCCAGCUCAUACUAAUCGGUAUAUUCCAUUAAUAGUUGACAUAUGUUGCAAAUUAGUUGAAGAAAGAGGUCUUGAAUACACAGGUAUUUAUAGAGUUCCUGGAAAUAAUGCAGCCAUCUCAAGUAUGCAAGAAGAACUCAACAAAGGAAUGGCUGAUAUUGAUAUACAAGAUGAUAAAUGGCGAGAUUUGAAUGUGAUAAGCAGUUUAUUAAAAUCCUUCUUCAGAAAGCUCCCUGAACCUCUCUUCACAAAUGAGAAAUAUGCUGACUUUAUUGAAGCCAACCGCAAAGAAGAUCCUCUAGAGCGUCUGAAAACCUUAAAGAGACUAAUUCACGAUUUGCCCGAACAUCAUUAUGAAACACUGAAGUUUCUUUCGGCUCAUCUGAAGACAGUGGCAGAAAAUUCAGAAAAAAAUAAGAUGGAACCGAGAAACCUAGCAAUAGUUUUUGGUCCAACCCUUGUGAGGACAUCUGAAGAUAACAUGACCCACAUGGUCACUCACAUGCCAGACCAGUACAAGAUUGUAGAGACCCUUAUCCAGCAUCAUGACUGGUUUUUCACAGAAGAAGGUGCUGAAGAACCUCUUACAACAGUACAGGAGGAAAACACAGUAGACUGCCAGCCAGUGCCAAACAUAGAUCAUUUACUCACCAACAUUGGAAGGACAGGAGUCUCCCCUGGAGAUGUAUCAGAUUCAGCUGCUAGUGACUCAGCAAAAUCUAAGGGGUCUUGGGGAUCCGGAAAAGAUCAAUAUAGCAGAGAACUGCUUGUCUCCUCCAUCUUUGCAGCUGCUAGUCGCAAGAGGAAAAAGCCAAAAGAAAAAGCGCAACCGAGCAGCUCAGAAGACGAAUUGGACAAUGUAUUCUCUAAGAAAGAAAGUGCAGAACAGUGUCACAGUGAGACUAAAGAAGAGUCCAAGAAAGAGAGUGAGACAUGGGGCAGAAAACAAAGGAUCGUCAUUUCCAAAGAAAAUAGCGCUAAGAAAGACAUCAGUGCAACAAAAGAUGAAAAGAUAUCACUUCCAAAGGAGAGCAUGCCGUCUGAAGAACCCUCACCCCCACACAACUCAAAAUAUAACAAGUCACCAACUCUGAGCUGUCGCUUCACCAUCCUGAAGGAGAGCCCCAGAUUGCCGGGGACACAGAAGUCCUCCCAGUUUGAGGAGACAGGGUCUGACUCUGGCACUUUGCUCAGCACCUCCUCCCAGGCUUCUCUGGCAAGACAUUCCACGAAGAAGUCCACCAGUCCAGAAACUAAACAUAGUGAGUUUUUGGCCAACGUCAGCACCAUCACUUCAGAUUAUUCAACUACAUCAUCUACUACGUACCUGACUAGCCUUGACUCCAGCCGACUGAGCCCCGAGGUGCAGUCGGUUGCAGAAAGUAAGGGAGACGAAGCCGACGAUGAGAGAAGUGAACUGGUCAGUGAAGGGCGGCCUGUGGAGACGGAUAGUGAGAACGAUUUCCCUGUUUUUCCCACAGCUUUGACUUCCGAGAAGCUAUUCCGAGGAAAACUACAAGAGGUCACUAAGACAAGCCGGAGAAAUUCUGAAGGAAGCGAAGUAAGUUGUACGGAGGGAAGUUUAACCCCAAGUUUAGAUAGCCGAAGACAACACUUUAGUUCGCAUAAACUUAUUGAAUGUGACACCCUCUCCAGGAAAAAAUCUGCUAGAUUCAAGUCAGACAGCGGAAGUCUAGGAGAUGCCAAGAGUGAGAAAGACACACCUUCAAUAACUAAAGUGUUUGAUGUUAUGAAAAAAGGAAAAUCGACAGGGAGUUUGCUAACACCGACCAGAAGUGAACCAGAGAAACAGGAGCCCACCUGGAAAACGAAAAUAGCAGAUCGGUUAAAACUGAGACCCAGAGCACCAGCAGACGACAUGUUUGGAGUAGGAAAUCAGAAAACGAGUGCCGAGACGGCCAAAAGGAAAAACAUCAAACGCAGACAUACGCUGGGAGGGCACAGAGAUGCUGCUGAAAUCAGUGUUCUGACUUUCUGGAAAGCGCAGGAGCAGAGUGGGGAGAGAGAAUCUGAACUUUCAGCUGUGAAUCGGUUAAAGCCAAAAUGCUCAGCCCAGGACCUCUCCAUCUCAGACUGGCUUGCAAGGGAGCGCUUACGCACCAGUGCGUCGGACCUUAGCCGAGGAGAAACCGGGGACCCCCAGCCGGAGAACUCUAGCACAUUAGAAAUAGCCAUGACGGACCCCCCUCUGUCUUUUCAGUCCGACGCGGGCAGUUCUCCUGGUACCUUGGCUUCAACCAACAGGCCCCUUCUUUGCACACCACCACAGUCCCCUGACCAAAUAAACGGAGAAAGCUUCCAGAACGUGAGCCAAAAUGCUAGUUCUGCAGCUCUUGCCCAACCUCAUAAACUGUCUGAAACCCCAGGCAAUAAAGCACAGUUUCGUCCCUGUCUUUGAACCGGGGGUGUGUCCACUCUAGCAAAUAAAAAGCUACUGUUACACGUUCCAGUAACUCUGUAAAUAUUUUCUUGUACCAGAAUUGUUAUUAUGCAGCCUUCAUUUGGGCUGGUUUCAUCAUUUUGCACUGUGAAAUAGCUUUACAGUGCAUUACUACAGCCAGAAGAACAUAUAUAUAUAUUUAAAAAUAUAUCGGAUAGUUGUAUACAAAUGAGCGAGGUAUUUGUUGCAACUCACCACAUAGUGUAUACCCGAGAUUACUGAAGAAAAUAGCUGGCAUUAGUCUGCGGCAAAUUUGUUCUUUUGGUUUCAUCACUAACAAAAGUGCCUCAUCAUCAAAAUACAUUUGGUUUUUAGGGUGCCAUAUUGUUAAAAUUAGACAACUUACAUUGAAUAAAUGAAUGUGUUUUAUUGGUAACAAAUUUCAUUACAUUUACCAGUUUUAACACAGGUGGAUACAGAACCUCCAUUCUUUAGUCAUUCCAGGUGGAUCUCUGAGUUUUAUAUUCAAACUUUUAAUACAGUUUUUGAGUUUUGCGUGACUUGAAUUUUUAAUCUUUCUGUAAAAUACGUAACUUAAAUGAACAUAUUCUAUGUGUAUCUUUUCUUCAGAUACCAGAUUUGAUAUAAAUGUUGUAACAUAGGUGUGUAGAUAGUGACCUGGAUGGAACUGGCUUCUUGAUCGAGAAGAAUGUAAUUCUGCAUGAGGGCUUAAUGAAUCGAAACCUGUGUCCUGCCUGUGUGCAUACCCAAGUAAACACUGGAAAUAAACAUUGUUUUGGUGAACUUGG